AACAGACAAACCGGUGCACCAUUCUUUUUGCAACGCCAAGUAAAUAAACAAGCAAGAUGGCCAACAAGCUCGUCGCAGCCUUCCUCGUGUGCAUCGUCGUCGCCGCGGCGUUGAACAUCCGCACCGCGGAAGCCGCCACCGACGAGAAGUUCAAGUCCUGCUUCAACACCUGCGAGAGUGAGUGCAAAGCCGAGGGCAACGGCUCAACCGUCUGCGAGAUGAGGUGCGACGCUGAUUGCUCGGCCAAGGAACUCGCCGAUAAGCUCAACAUCAAGCUACCUUGAUCGAAGCAGCGAGGAACUUUGCCUGACAUAUUUUGUUUCCCCAAAAGAGAGCAAAUGAUGUAAUGAAAUCCUUUGCACUCGAUACAAGGAAUUGAUCAAUCAUAAUAAAACGAUUUUAUCGAUCAGAUUUGCGUCAUA